GCUUUGAGGUAUAGAGAGAGAGAGAGAAGUGUAGAGAGAGAAACAACCAAACAAACAGAAAUCAAUCAGAUGGGUAAAGCAGGCGGAGCAACACCAUCACCGGCGAAGAAGAAAAAAGGCCGUCCAUCACUCACAGAUCUCAAAAAACGAGCCUUAGAACAACAACAAUCUCACCGGAGAUCCACUCGCCGGAACCCUAACUCCGACACUGCCGAUGCAUCUGCCGACGAAGAUGAUUACUACGACGACGACGACGAUGAGCGCAAACAGAAGAAAGUCAAGCUCGUUGUUCGUUUGCCCCAAUUGAAUCAACAACAAGAGCCACAACGACGUCGUUCUGCCAGAUCUUCUUCACCCGCUAAUUCGGCUUCCUGUGGCUCUGAUUCGAAUGCUGACGUGGAUAUUCGACAAAUUGAGUCCGGAUCUGGUUGUGCUGGUGCUAAUUCUCAGGAUGAAAAGGAUGAGAAAGCGAUGGAGAGUCUUCAUGGAUCACCAUUGGAGACUGGACCCACAACACCUUUGCCAGACAAAAAGUUGUUGUUGUUCAUUCUUGACAGACUUCAAAAGAAGGACACACAUGCGGUGUUCUCUGAGCCCGUUGAUCCUGUUGAGCUCCCUGAUUAUCAUGAAAUUAUUGAGCACCCUAUGGAUUUCGGCACUGUUAGGAGCAAACUUGACAAGGGACUUUAUUCGAAUCUGGAAGAAUUGGAGGCGGACGUGUACUUGAUAUGUUCAAAUGCAAUGCAGUAUAACUCAUCUGACACUGUUUUCUUUCGCCAGGCGAGGUCUAUACAAGAAUUGGCAAAAAGGGAUUUUGAAAAUUUGAGGCAAGAGGGUGAUGACGGUGAGCUGCAACCGAAGGUGGUGAGAAGAGGCAGACCUCCAAGCAAGCACUUGAAAAAGCCACCUGGCAGAACCUCAUUGGACAUUGUGGUUGCUCCUGAGUCCACCUCAGGCGCUACUAUUGUAGCGAAUACUGUAGCAAAUACCGUAGACAACACAAAUGACUCUACUCCUUACAAUUUAAGACGAGGACCCAUGAUUUAUAAGAAUUACGCUGAUGGUUUAUUUCCAUCAAGUCGUACCCGUAACGGUGAACAUAAUGAGCUGUUAGCAGACUGGAAUGAAGAAUUUCCAGCUCGUAUUAAGAGGGCUGACAUGAAAUACGGGAACAAACAUUUUGUUAUAGACGAGAGCAGGCGUGAUACCUACAAGCAGUUUCAUCCAUUGAAUAAUGCUAACACAAAUUCUCUUCUAACUAACUUUGGCGGGGAAGGCAAGCAGUUAUUAGCGGUAGGUGUGCAUGCUGAACAUGGUUACUCGAGAAGCCUGGCUCGAUUUGCCGCUAAUAUGGGCCCUGUUGUCUGGGAAAUCGCGUCAAAGAAAAUCAGAAAAGCUUUGCCUCCAGGUGUCACGUUCGGUCCUGGUGUUGUUGGUGAACCCGAACCUCCUGCCCCAUCUAUAUCAUUUUUGCCAUCUGAAAAUUACAGUUAUACCCCCAGGUUAGCCAGUAACGAUAUUCUAAACAAACCCGAAACCCCAUCCACUUCAGGACCAAAAGCUGAAGAUUCUGAGGUAAAAAGUAACAAAACCGUACCCCACAGUGGUAAAAACGGUUUUAACGAUGACCCAAGGAGUCAUCUUUCGAAACGUGGUACAAUUGAUGAUGCACAAGGUACAAAAGGUGAUGCAAGUAAUCCUGAAAAUCCGACAUGGCAACAAGUACCAUCAAUGAACCACAGACAGUUUACAGUUCCGGUUCCACCGGACCUAAAUGUUGGGGUUCAGGGACCAUCUGUCUCACCUGGAUACGUUGGACUGAAGAUUGGUUCACCUCAGCAGCCGGAUUUAGCGUUGCAGCUUUGAGUCUGUGGUGGCUCUUGUGUUUGGCGGUUAAGGAGGUUGUGGGUCAUCUGGUAAUGGAUGCAGGUUAGUCUAUAGUGUAGGAAACUGUGUACAGAUUAAGGAUCUCCUUGUAACUUUGUACUCAAGAUUGAUUGGAGUAUGAUGAACCUGAACUAGAAAUAAAAAACACAAGCAUUGGGUUUUUUUUUUUUUUUUUUUUUUUUUUCUGACAUUUUUUUUGGCAUAAGUUAUUGUUGUAUGUAGUGAACCUUGAAAAUUUCACUUUGAUGUACUAUACUCUUUAAAACCUA